AUGGCGACACCGACAUGCGGCCAAGUCAUGGAGUUGGAUGCGCAAAUCUACGAAUCAAGUUUCUACCAAGAGUUAGCUGCAAGGGGGGAAAUACACAUCGACCAUCGAGAACCACCUCCUCGCCGGAAUGUUUAUCUGGAAAGGAGACAAGUCGGGGACACCGUUGUGCCGACCACGGUGACCGGACCUACUUCAACUUCGACAUCGUCUUCAUCCCCCUCCUCAGAACCCACAAUCACCUCUUCCGCUGAAUCGGUAUCGGCCAUCAGCACAGAAACCAAAGCUCCUCUGUCAACACCCGGCGUGUCGACAUUGACCGCACCCAGCGUCACCGUCGUCACCACACCACUCCCGACUCCCUUCGACACCUCGCUAGGAAGCAACUUCAGCAGUUCCUCCUGCCCACAGUUCUUCUCCGACUUCCUCAACAACUCAACAUUCCAAUCCUGCGUCCCCGUGUCCCUGCUGCUGCAAAACUCCAACUCAUUCUUCCGCGCCCAGCGAUCAUUCACGCUCCUUACGCAAACCCUGAACGCAGCGUGUAAUGCCCCCUUGGCCAUCUGCUCGCCUUUGCUCAGCAAUCUCGGCUCCCAACUGAUCGACGACGCGAAUUGUGGCGAGGAAUACAAGCAGCAGAACCCGCUGGUCUCACAAGCCUACGCAGGAUUCCUAGCCUACGAACCGGUCUAUCGGGCCACGUGUCUCCAGGACAAAAGCACCGGGAAUUACUGCUUCAGCGAAGCCGUUACAAACUCGUCCAACGCUGCCGACUUUUACCCUUACUACACGGCUGUGGGACUGUCGAUGCCGGAGACGGCGCGCCCCAGUUGCAGUCAGUGUCUCAAAGAGACGAUGGAGAUCUUUGCAGGGUAUGCACAGGACGCAUCACAGCCCCUGGCCAAGACGUACCUACCGUGCGCGACUCAGGUGGACAAGAGCUGUGGGAGCGCGUUUGUGAGCACGGAUGUAAAGGCUGGCAGUGUGGCGAGUCCCAACGCUGCCACCGGGGGAUGGAAGGUAGUACCGCCGGUUUCGCUCAUGAUCAUGACAACACUGGUGAUGGCAUUCGUCACCAGUGGGCUGCACUGA